AUGUCAAUCGAGCAUAGCGCGGGAGGGCGGUGGAGAGGCGCGGGCGGUGCGGUGCGGUGCGGUGCGGUGCGGUGCGGUGCGGUGCGGUGCGGGCGGCGGGCGGCGGCGGGCCGAGUCGCGCGCCAGCGGCGGCUGUCGGCUGUCGCUCGCGUGCGGCCGGCGCGCGCGACACUUGAGCCCACGCGGCCACGCGGCCACGCGGCCACCACACCGCACCUAAGAGGACUUCCGCACGCGCCCGCCGCUGCCGGCAUCGCGUCCAGCGGCACCACCCCGCGCUCCUUGCUAGACCUUUCUCGAGCCGGGGAAGCGCUCCGAGUGCGCAUCGUGCUCACGGCCCGGACGUCGAAGCAGGAAAUGCGCUCAAAUCGUAGCCAACGACGAAUUCCCGCGAUCGUUACACUGGUUUGGUCUCGAAUCUAUAUCUGCAGCAAUGCAAGCUAUGCAAUUCACUCUUUCACCUUCCUGCCGAGGAUGCCAUUUCACGACUUUCAGUGCCUAACAUUUAGCAGCCCUGGUGGCAUCCCACGGCGCGGGCUGCGUGGUUUGGGGGGCGGUGGGGCUGGGGGGUUCGCGGAAGAAAGUACCGCCGCGGCCGGUUACGUAACUCGUUAUUUUAUCAUGCAUCUCCGCGGCAGCAGCGGCCUGCGCCGGCACGUGUGCCCGUCGGCAGCCUCCCGCCCCUGCGCGCCACACCCUCGCCCUGUGGCUGUGCUUUCU